AGGAGCAGGAGCAGGAGCAGGAGCCGGAGCCAGAGCUGGAGCCAGAGCCGGAGCCAGACCCGGAGCCGGAGCCGGAGCCGGAGCCAGAGCGGGAACCCGAGCUGGAGCCGAAGCUGGAGCCGGCACUGCGGCGCGCGGAGCGGAGCGAGGCGGCUAAGCCGAGUGAGCGGCGGAUCCUUCUUCACACGAAGUCAGGACUCUGCACGUGGGCAGGCUGGCUCCGCUGUUCUGCUCCAAGGAUUACAUGUCCUUCAAACGUCCCUGUCCCUUAGCUCGGUACAACCGCACCAGCUAUUUCUACCCCACGUUCUCAGAGAGCUCGGAGCACAGCCACCUGCUUGUGUCUCCUGUACUGGUGGCAAGUGCAGUCAUAGGUGUGGUCAUCAUCCUCUCCUGCAUCACCAUCAUCGUGGGCAGUAUCCGCAGGGACCGGCAGGCCCGGCUCCAGCGUCACCGCCACCGCCACCGCCGCCACCACCACCACCACCACCGCCACCGCCGCCGUCACCAUCGGGAGUACGAGCAAGGAUACUUGUCCGACGGGCACACAUACAGCCGCUCGAGCCACAGGAUACGCUACACCUGCAGCCCUGCCGAAGACUGGUCCCCACCGCUGGAUCUCAGUUCUGAUGGGGAUGUGGACGCCACAGUGCUUCGAGAGAUGUACCCUGAUUCCCCACCAGGUUAUGAGGAGUGUGUGGGGCCAGGGGCCACUCAGCUGUACGUCCCCACCGAUGCACCGCCACCCUACUCGCUGACCGACUCCUACCCCAUGCUGGAUGGCGCCAUGAAUGCGGGCCACGGCCACAGCCCCGGCCGACCCCAGCAGGCACAGAGGAUCCUGGGCCACGGUGGCCUCCGCACCAUCUCCAUGGAUACCCUGCCCCCUUAUGAGGCUGUGUGUGGGGUUAGCCCCCCAUCAGGUCUGCUGCCACUGCCGGGACCAGAACCAGGGCCAAGGAGCUCCCAGGGCUCACCCACCCCCACCCGGGCCCCGGCCUCUGGUCCAGAGAGGAUUCUGUGAGUGACCCAGCCAGCCAGGUCCUGCCGGUCCCUCGGGCUGAGCCACAAGGGCGUGUACACACACAGACACACACACAGGCUCACAAGGGCAUGCGCACACACCUACACACACACAGCUGUGCACACACAGCACUCCCACGUGCACACAUUCACACA